GCAACUUUUAAUCCACACGGGAAAAGUUCUGCAAUGGACAACCAAAACGGUGUGAUUUCUAAUGUGGAAGUGAGAAGUCAUGAAAACAACCUGGUUCAUCGCACCAGGGAGAUCGAUCGACAGCGUUUGAUCGUGCGCAGGGGUCAACCUUUCUCCAUAACCUUUCAGUGCCCUCACUCUCUGACCCCUAAACACCACCUGGAACUGGUCCUGUACCUUGGUAAGAGAGAUGAGGUGAUUAUCAAGGUUCAGGAAGAGUACAGAGCCAAAGACAAGUGGUGGUUCAACCAGCAGCAGAUGCAGGAUGAAAUAAUGCUGACUCUGCACAGUCCGGCGGACUCCAUCAUUGGACACUACCGUCUGGUGGUUUUGAUCGUAUCGCCGGACGGACACACGCUGGCGAAGACGGGCAAAAUUGGAUUCCACCUGCUCUUUAACCCAUGGUGCAAAGAUGACGCUGUGUACCUCCCCGAUGAAAGUCAGCUCCACGAGUAUAUCGUGAAUGAAGAUGGAAUCAUUUACAUGGGGGAAUGGUUUCACAUCGGAGAAAAACACUGGAAUUUCGGACAGUUUGAAGACGACAUAAUGGACAUCUGUUUUGACGUUCUGGACAACUCCAAUGAUGCCCUGAAGAAUUCAAAGAUGGACAUUGAGAACCGAUUUGACCCCGUCUACGUCAGCAGGAUCGUCACUGCAAUGGUGAACUCUAACGGUGACAAGGGUGUGUUGAACGGUCGCUGGGUCGCGCCUUAUACUGAUGGGGUCGCACCAACUCGAUGGACCGGCAGCGUGCCGAUCCUCCAGCUGUGGAAGAAGAGCGGCUUCAGGGCAGUGAAAUAUGGGCAGUGUUGGGUGUUUGCUGCUGUCGCCUGCACAGUGCUACGCUGUCUGGGAAUCCCAACACGCCUCAUCACUAACUUUGCUUCAGCUCAUGAUACUGAUGGAAACCUUUCUGUAGACACUCUGAUUAAUGAAAAAAUGGAGACCAUCAGCAAGAAAGACAGCACCUGGAACUUCCACUGUUGGAUUGAAUCCUGUAUGAGAAGAGACGACCUUCCCAAAGGGAAUGAUGGCUGGCAGGUUUUGGACCCCACCCCUCAAGAACUGAGUGAUGGCGUGUUUUGCUGUGGCCCGUGUCCGGUCAAGGCCAUCAAGGAGGGAAAUGUGGAAGUGAAAUAUGACACUCCCUUUGUCUUCGCCGAGGUGAACGCUGAUAUCAUUGUGUGGCUGGUCAGACAGAAUGGUGAACGGCAGAAGCUCUCAGUGGACGAGAGUGGCGUGGGGAAGAACAUCAGCACCAAGUGCGUUCACAGCGACUGCAGAGAAGAUGUCACCGCACACUACAAAUAUCCUGAAGGCUCCAAAAAAGAGAGGGAGGUGUAUGAGAAGGCGGGACGACGGGUCUCUAAGCCAAACAAUGGCCUCACAGAACCACAACAGCUGCAUCUGACAAUCAAACGCACCAAGCCUGUAUUUGGGACUGACUUUGAUGUGAUCGUUGAGGUGAACAAUAAUGGAAGCAACAACACCAAAGGGAAGUUGACCAUUCUGGCUGAGGCCGCCACCUACAACACUAUAUGCUGUGGCGAGUGCCAGAAACACGCGACCAAUGUUGCCGUGCCAGCUUAUAAGACCCACAAGGAGGUGCUACGCCUACGCUACGAAGAUUACGCCAAGUGUGUCACUGAGCACAAUCUGAUCAGAGUGAAAGCGCUGUUAGAAGUUCCCGGCGAGAGCAGUCCCAUCUACACUGUGAUCAACAUCCCACUGAGCACACCUGAACUCCUCGUACAGGUGCAUGGAAGGGUUUAUCGGAAUGAGAAUGUGACAGCCUACAUCUCCUUCACCAAUCCUCUGCCUGUCCCACUGAAGGGUGGCGUCUUCACUGUGGAGGGCCACGGUCUCCCUGCCACAAAGAUCCUUGUGGAUGGAGACAUUUUUCCAGGCUCCAAGGUGUCGGUCAAAUUCUCCUUCUUGCCCCUGAGGGUCGGCGUGAGGAAGAUCCUGGUAGACUUUGACUCCGACAGGCUGAAGGACGUGAAGGGAGUCACAACUGUGGUCGUCCACAGCAAGAGGACAAGCAGAAUCCCGUUUGCCUAAAAGUAUUUCAGCUGAACUGAGACAGACACAGAAAAAUAGAACAUUCCUGAACAUUCCUUAAUGCCUGACACUAUAGGAAAUGCACAGAAACAAAUAUCAUCAAUGCCUUUUGUUUAUUAGAACGUCUUUCUUGACUGCAUGUAUUUCCUUAAUCUCAGCUUUACUGUAAAUUAUUAUUUCAAUUUUUUUUCAAAAAUCAUUGAUAUUUGGGCGCAUUUAAACUGUUUUCUGAUUGUUGACACAUAUCUGGGAAAAUAUGCUGUGUUGUUUUAGGAGGUUUUUUUGCACUAUUUCCAAUACCAUUUUAACCUAAACAUGAAUUUAAGAAACAUUUCUGAUUCAAUGUUAAUUUUUUUUAAUGACUUGCUUUGCUCAAAGUGAUAAUAAAUGUAUG